UACCAGACUUCUAUCGCAGCCGCGUUCCCGCGUCUAUUUCCCGCAAGGAAUCGUCUUUCUGGAGCCCUGGAUUCCAGGGGCAAAUGUCAGCCUCAGCCCACUGCUAAUUGAGCCAGGGAUCCUCCUUGUGGUGCCUUUUCUCCUUUAAUGGUUCACUGUCGUGAUAACAGGAUGUCUUCUACCGAUUACCGAGAUCUGGGCGCAAAAUGACCAAACAGAAAGAGUAUACCUUUCAACGCGACGCUGGGGUUGACGUCAACGUAAGCCCGGAGUGGUAUACGUUGGCCAGUCCAUUCUCAUGGUGUGCAAUUGGUGCCGAAUCCGGAAGUAACAGCGGCGGUAAAAUCGGACAGGAGUUUCCAAAAUUCGGCGAAAAUGCUCAAUUGAGCCCUAUGUUGCUUCAGUCCCUUGCGGAUAAAGGUCUUCAUCAAUACUCGGUUGAGAGAUGUAUCCUUCCCUUCAUGUUGUCGCAGCUCUUAGGCACCUGUAAUCGUAGGUGUGGUCUUUUUUGGGAGACAGUCCCCUGGACAACAGCCCGUGGAGGUAACAUUGCCCACGGGGGCCCUUGCCCUUGCCCUAUACCUUACUUGCUGUCCCCUGUCCGCUCGUUGUUAGGUACCCAAAUUACGGGCAGAACUCCCGCGGAAACGGUUUCCACCCUACCGUGCACUGGUUCCACCCUUGUCCGUAAUCAAUGCAACCUCGAUCCCGGCGAAGCUCUUCGACUUUCCUUUCAUUCUCAUUGGGACUCUGUCCAUCUGUCCCUGCUUCAACCUCCAAACACCAUUACCUUCCGUCUGCGGCUGCGCCUUCAACGCUCAGGAUCUAAACCCAGAGAUCCAAUGGCUGUCUGUGCCCUCUCCCAGCUCUCAGGCACACCCCACCUUCGUUCGCACUAGCUUCGACACCCGUUACCGCGCUGCCCGUCAUGUACGGAGCCAGGUACGGAGACGGAGCCCAGGUGCAAGGUACCUUACCCCCAACCCGGUACCGUUGUCACCUCAGGUUGUCACCAAGUAGACGACCAAGUGCCGUCGAGGUGAGAACCUUCCACAGUCACAUAGUCUCCCCGGCGGUCUCUGGCGUCAUUGCUGCCUUCACGCCGCAGAUGGCUCC